AUGAACAACAACAUGAGUGGCAAGAGCAAUAAGUUUGUGGGUGUGAGACAGAGGCCUUCUGGGAAAUGGGUAGCAGAGAUCAAGAACACCACCCAGAAGAUCAGAAUCUGGCUGGGGACUUACGAUACGGCUGAAGAGGCUGCUCGAGCUUACGACGAAGCAGCCUGCAUCCUCCGUGGUUCCAACACCAGAACCAACUUCGCGGCGGCUCAGGGUUCUGCCAGAACCAACACCCACCUCUCUGUGAAGAUCAAAGACCUCCUUAAUAGGAAAAGAGGUCUAAAAUCAGACCCUUGUCCUAUUGGAACCUGCCCUACAAGAAUAAGUACUUCUGAGAGUGGUGCUAGUAGUGGAAACACCUGCGUUGGCAGUAGUGACGGCACUUUUGUACCUAAUGAUGGGAUGAAACAAGAGUCCGUGGUGAAGAUUGAGGACAUUCUCAACAACAAAAGUGGUUUAAAACCAGACCCUUCUAUAGGAACUUGCACUGCAGGAAUAAGUGUUUUUGGGAGUAGCGGUACUAAUGGUAGUAGUAGUAGUAAUAGCUGCAUUGGCAGUGAUGGUGCUUCUAAUAAUUGGAUGGAAGAAGAGUUUGUGAUGUUGGAUGAAACAAGGGAACCGGGUUUCGGCAAUUCCUUCUGUCAAUUCCAAAUGGGUUCGUCUCGGAUGGAUCGAUGGGGGGGAUUCGAUCAGCCUCUGGCAUCCCAAAAUGAGCAUGAGGAGGCGCCAAAAGAAGCCGGGGUGUUGCCUGACUGGGGGAAUGGGUACUUGGAGAAUGUACAGAAUUCUAGUGAUGCUAAUUGGAAUCCCGAGUUGGAAACAGAUUCUCUAGAGUUACUCUACUUGCAGCUCAUUAAAUCUGAGCCGUCAACCGUUUUUCAACAAUUCUGA